UGACAAUUUGCAUUGAGUUUUCUGUAAUGUAGAUCUAGUUUUUUUGAUUAUAAAUACCCAUCAGCUUUGGAUCACAUAAAACACACAAGUCUGAGAAAGAAGAAGAAAGGAAACAUAGUAGUGUUUAUUCAUAAUGGAGUUUACUCCAACAAACUUCGCGUUUUGCCUGUUUGCCAGCAUAGUCGGAUUUUCGCUGAUGCAACUACAUGCAGAGAUGCCAUCAGCUGCAGCCUUCUCCUGCGGCCCUGGGGAAAUUCAAAGUGAGACUAAAUCGCCCACUCCUUAUACACUCUACUGCGUGGGGUGUCAAGACACGUGCGCAAACUAUUGUCAGCCGAAAGGCAGAAAAGUAACUAAGAUAGAAUGCAAUUUCUGGGGUGUGGAUCCUGCCGUAUGCAGGUGUUGUUGUGGGUUGCCAUUCUCAGGUCCACCAAUACUUCCCCCAUCCAUAGCUUUUUCGGAUUGUCCAACUAAUGAAAUAUUGAAGUAUUUUCAACCGCCAAAAGAUUCUGAGAUUGAUUGCAACCUUUGUGUAAAUGGUUGUAAAAAUGAAUGUGAUUCCAUAGGAGCUCAGGUGACCAAGGAAUUAUGUGUCUAUUCCAGUUCGAUUACCUCAAACGUAUUGUGCCCUUGUUGUUGUAACCGAAAUUCUCCACCUCCAUCCUCGCCACCUCCACCCCCACCUUCACCCCCACCUCCACCUUCACCUCCACCCCCACCUACACCUUCAAUAUCCCCUCCACCUCCGUCCGCAUCAACACCACCACCUCCAUCGUCUUCGCCUCCUUGGCCUCCCGAAGCAUGUUGUUCGAAAGAGAUUGAAGUCUCAACUCCAGGUCAAGAACCAUGUAGGUACGGACUAUUACCACGACGACCUCCACUGCCUUCCCUUCCAGGUUCAUUUUUAUUCGCAGCAAUAUAGCAACUAAUUAAUUAUUUGGUAGAGGUAUUGGAUUUAUCGUCUUGUGUUUAGAUAGCUGCUGGUGGAUUCAGUAACUAAGAAGACCAACGCUAGUUUGGUUUCUGAGUAACAUUAAUUUGUUCUAAUAAAAAUAAAAAUUACCAGCUCAUCUUUCCACGUAGUUUGUUUCGUGGUAAUAUGCAUUGUACUCAUGUAUUUGUAUUGAAAUCAAAUGUAUUGUUGGAAAGUAUGUACCUUUGGUGAGUUUCUUU